AUGGCGCGGUCGAUGAGUCACGCUGCUGCCUCAUCGCACGCGGAGGGCAGGAAGCGCUGGCAGCCGCAGGACGUACGCGUGAAAAAGGAGACUGAGGAAGACGAGGAGAGAGAGGCAGAGGCCCCCGAGGCCGCCGCACCGCGAAGGAAGACGGGGGGGCGUGAGAAGCCUCGCAAGAAUACCGCGCCGAAGGAAGCAGCCGCCUCGUCUGCGCAAAAGCGAAAGAGCGCUUCGAGUGUCAAGCAGGAGGCGGACUCCGAUGAAAGCGAUGAGGAAACGGCCGCUUGUUCCACAGCCUGCGCAGAGGCGGAGGCCGACGGGUCGGUGAAAGACGGAGAAAGCGGCGGAGGCGCGCGGGAGAAGAGCGCAAAGAGGCGAGGCGACAGAGACGGGCCGACUGCGGCAUCCGACGAUGAAGCGAGCAGCGACAACGAGGUCAAGAAGAGAAAGACCGCCGCGACAGACGCCUCCGCAACGUCUUCCUCUGAUGCGACUUCCACAGUCGUGCAAGUUGUGACAAAGAAAGGCGACGGCGGCAUUCUUGACAGCUCGCAGUCCUUCGAAUCCUUCAGUGCCCUCUACCUCGACAGGCGCCUCGCCCGCGUCGCGGUUCAACAUCUCCAUCUGCAGCAUCCCACUCACGUUCAGGCUGAGGUCAUUCCGCUCGCUCUGCAGGGGAAAGAUAUUCUCGCGCAGGCACGCACCGGCAGCGGCAAGACGCUGUCCUACGUGCUGCCGCUGCUCCAGCGGCUGCUGGAGAGACGCGAAGAAGAAAAAAGUUCGCAGCCUCGCCCAGAGGGUUUGGAGGCCCUCAUCGUCGUACCCAGCAAGGACCUCUGCUUGCAGAUCUACGAUGUGCUUGUCUCGCUGCUCAAGUACUGCCGCGAACUGAUCACUGUGAACCACACAGCGACGCUCUCGACGGCGACUGCGCUGCUGCCCUUUCUGCCGCCCUCCGUCCUCGUGGGCACGCCUUCGGGGCUGGUGGCGUAUCUGCGGAAGCUCGACAGUGAAGCCUCGAUCAAGAGUCUGCUGCAGAGGAAUCUGCAGAUGCUGGUCGUUGAUGAAGCGGAUCUUCUCCUCUCCUUCGGCUUCGAAAACGAGAUGAGGAACCUCCUCGCCUUCCUGCCGGUUACCGCCGAGAGGCACUUCCAGGCGCUCCUGUUGUCCGCUACGCUCAACGAGGAAGUGGCACAGCUGCGCCAAAUGCUGCUCCAUAAAGCGGUCAUGGUGAAAAUUGACGACACACUCCAGCAGUCCUCGUCGCAGCUGUCGGAGUUCUACCUCGCCCUUCCCAAGCCUGGCGACAAAUGGGUUGUGCUGUACGCCUUCCUGAAACUCGACCUCGUUCCACGGAAGUGCCUCAUCUUCACGUCGGGCGUCUCGAGCGCCUACGCACUCCGCAUUUUCCUCGAACGCUUCGGCAUCGGAUGUGGCGUCCUCAGCCCGACCCUUUCGAUUGAGUCGCGUCAAACUCUCAUUCAGGCUUUCAACAAGGGCCUGAUUGAAAUCCUCAUCACCACAGACGGCGCGUGGGAUGACGAAGAAGAAGACGCGGACGACGAGGAGCUCGACGAAGAAGACGAGGACGACGAGGAUCUCGACGCGGAGGAGGAAGAAGAGGAAGAUGAAGAUGAAGACGACGGUGAAGAAGAGGAAGGUGAAGAGGGAGACGAUGAAGACGACGAAGAGGGCGAAAACGCCGAAGUGGGAUCCGAGGAGGACGAAGAAGAAGACGAAGCGGGUGUUGAAGCCGCUGCUGAGGCGCUACGAAAGGACACGGCUGCGGCCGCAAGCGGCGAGAGUCAAAAGAAGCGAAAGGCAAAGGUCUCCACGGACGAAGAGUUUGGCGGCCAUAGAGGCUUGGACUUGCAAAGCGUCGCUUGCGUUUUGAGCUUUGAUAUGCCACGCAGUGUUCGGGGCUAUAUUCACCGCAUUGGUCGCGCUGGACGCGGAGGCGCGCCAGGUGUCUCGGUUUGUCUGGUGAACCAAGCGGCGGCUCGCGAGGUGCUGUUGCUUCGCAAGCUCGUCCAGACCCGGCGUGAGGGCAGCCAAGACAGCGGCGCAGCAUUGAAACCCCUCUCGCUGCGCCUCCAAGACGUGGAGUGCUUCCGCUACCGCGUGGAGGACGUUUACCGAGGCGUGACAAAGCGAGUGGUCGCGGCCCUCGUCGCGAAGGAACUGCAGCAGGAGGUGCUUCGCUCGAGAAAAAUGCGAGAAUUUUUCAGGCGUAAUCCGCGCGACGAGGAGGUCCUCCGAGCGGCCUGCAAGCAGCUCAAGGACCGCGCUUUGGCAGGCCGCGGCCACCUUCAGCACUUGCCGUCGUAUCUGCUCGCGCAGACGCCGCCCGCUCAGAAGACCGCGGUUCAGCUAGCGGUUGAGGCGCAGAACGCACACAAGGGGCCCCGUGCCAGUCAAGAGAGGUCGGUGCUCAAGCGGCGCACACUCGUCGACCCUCUGAAGAGCUUCAAGGCUGGCAGCGACAAGACGCGACGGCGGCCUGGACGAGGCCAGCGGACCUGCAACGCCCACCGCUUCGUGACCCGCGCAAGCCAGCUGGCCAAGGAGCCCAACCACGCGGAGACCGCGCCGGAGCAUUUGCCUGCUCUCUCGGGUCGCAAGAUCUGGAAGAUCAAACACAAGAAAAACCUCUCGAAGAGUCAGCCCAAGGGAAACUUCUUGCGGAAGAGAGGGAAGAAGGGAAGAUAG